GCACCACGUGACUCCCGAGCAAGGAAGGCUGCCCUUUUGCGAUGUAACGGCACAUGUGAUUGGUCCAAUCUGGCGACCUUCAGCCAAUCACAGCCAUGAAGAAUAGACCAGAGCCACGCAGAGUAAACAAGGAGAGAACUGAGGGGUCCGGGCAGAGGGAAACUUGGUGGCAGCUACGAAUAUGGCAGGCUACAUCAAGGGCAUCUACAGCUACAUCAGGCCUGAGAGCAACACAGAAGCAACACCGCCACUAUCACCAACAACACCAUCAGCAGCUGACCCACCUAGUCCCACAGCCAACAAUGUCUGCCAACUUGAAGGAAACCCUCAAGAAGCAGGUUACUUGAGGCGAGCAGUCACUGGUGUUGCUUCAGGGAUCUACUCUGUAGGAUCAAGCACUGUGGGUGCAGGAGUAUCAGGUGUCAAGUGGGUGGCAGGAACAACAUAUAACGUGGGUACUGGAGUGGUGGGCACAGCUGGUGCGGUGGUGACGGGCACCGUUAGUACAGUUGGGGCUGGAGCUACUACUGUCAUGUCCAAGAUUACUACAAAGAAAAAGGAACAUUCAGACUGAAGAAAGAAUAUACAGCUAUACAUUGGCAUUGCAAUGAUGUUUUGUGUGCUUUUUCAGAGCAACAUUUAUUUCUGUGAAUGUUCCAGGUUUUGCUGAGGCUGUGCAGCUAUGGUGAGCAGUGUUAUCCCAGGGAAUGAUAGUGCAAUAAGUGGAGCAUGGGCAUAUAUAUAUAUAUAUAUAUAUAUAUAU